AAAAGUUGGAAUUUUUAAUGUUAGAAUGUGUUUGUUCGGUAUUUGUGUAUACAGUGAUGUGCUAAAGUGAGCAAGUUUUUGUCUGCAAGAAUAAGAUAGUUGAUAACAAGUUUACCCCUCAGUAUAUCAAGCUGAAAUGUACAUCUAGGAGCGUGGGUUCUGAAGGGUUGUAUUUAUCAAGUAAAUCAAUGGAAACUGCAAGGUCUUGGUUUAACAAGUUGAAAUCAAAAGAUAAGUUAAGGCCUUCAAAAAAGAAAGAAGCUGCAGGUAAUGCAAAGGAGGGAUCUAAACCACCAACAAGUGAAGAGGCACCAUCAAAUGUUACCAAACAGAGGGUAGCGGCUGCAAAGCAGUAUAUUGAAAACCAUUACAAGAAGCAGAUGAAAAGCCUGCAGGAAAGAAAGGAACGACGUGAUAUUCUAGAAAAUAAUUGUAUUGUUAAACUAUAUUGCUCUUUCCAGGAUGAAGAGUAUCUGUAUCUCAUUAUGGAAUAUUUACCUGGGGGAGAUAUGAUGACUUUACUGAUGCGGAAGGAUACAUUAACUGAAGAUGAGGCCAGAUUUUAUGUUGGAGAAACUGUCCUGGCAAUUGAAUCUAUCCACAAACAUAAUUAUAUUCAUAGAGACAUCAAGCCUGACAACCUGCUACUUGAUAGAAAUGGUCAUAUGAAAUUAUCAGAUUUUGGAUUAUGUAAGCCGUUAGAUUGCAGUAAUCUCCAGGAAAAGGAUUUUUCUAUGGCUAGCAGUCUCAGUGGGGCUCUUCAAAGUGAUGGACGGCCUGCAGCACCAAGACGAACACAACAAGAGCAAUUGCAACACUGGCAGAGGAACAGAAGAAUGCUUGCUUACUCUACGGUUGGUACACCUGACUAUAUUGCCCCAGAGGUUUUGCUGAAGAAAGGAUAUGGGAUGGAAUGUGACUGGUGGUCUCUUGGUGCUAUCAUGUAUGAAAUGCUUGUCGGAUAUCCACCCUUUUAUUCAGAUGAGCCGAUGUCAACUUGUCGGAAGAUAGUAAAUUGGAGAACGCACUUAAAAUUUCCAGAAGAAGCGAAACUAUCUCCAGAAGCAAAAGAUCUUAUCAGUAAACUUUUAUGUAAUGUUGAGCAGAGGCUUGGCACAAAAGGCGCCGAUGAAAUUAAGGCUCACCCAUGGUUUAAAGGUAUUGAAUGGGACAAAUUAUAUCAAAUGAAAGCAGCAUUUAUUCCUGAAGUCAAUGAUGAGUUGGAUACGCAAAAUUUUGAGAAGUUUGAAGAGGCUGACAACCAAAUUCCUAGUGCAGCAAAAUCAGGCCCAUGGAGAAAGAUGCUUUCAUCCAAGGAUAUAAACUUUGUGGGUUACACUUACAAGAACUUUGAAAUUGUAAAUGAUAAUCAAUUACCUGGGAUUGCUGAAUUGAAGAAGAAGAGCUCAAAACCCAAGAGACCCUCCAUCAAAUCCCUUUUUGAGGAUGAGUCAGCUGCAGCUGCCAGUCAACCUGUUCAAGGGAGCUUCUUAAACCUCUUGCCUCCGCAAAUAGAAGCCCCGGAAAAUCAUUCCAGAAAGUGACCUCAUGAUAUGCCAUGGGCUCAGAUAUCCAAAGCUAAAAGAGCUUACUGUUCUCUGGUGAAUUUGCUUUGCCGCAUCUUACAUUUUCAGAUUUUCAGUGAGUUUUAGGGGCAAAGCCCCAAAACAAGUGGUUUGAGAUAUCAGAUUGGCUCUAGAGUCAGCUAGGAGAUUGUUUCUUUUGUAAAAUAAUAUCUGAAAGUAAAUAUUCUUUCAUAUUUGUUUUGUGUAUUUUUCCCCCACAUUUUAUGUCAAGCCGAGAGAAGUUCCUGUACAACGACCCCAUUGUUGUCUUUCCAUGUAAUUAUUUAACUUGAUCUCGGAGGUGUAUCUUUUGCAGUUCACUGGAAGCUGGCUAAAUCUCUCUCUGGCGUUGUCUAACCGAUAGGGUUUAGGAACUAGGUCUUAAGCCAAGACGACAGUCACCUACCUUGUCCAUGUUAUUUCCUGUUACUCCCGUUGUUAAUGUCACCAACAGCGAAUUUGGCUGUCAGUUAUA